AUGUCUUUAUUAACAAAAACUUUUUUAAGUUCAUUUCGACCGAUUUUCGUUCGUACUGUUCAAACAAGUUCAAAAGAUAAAAUAGAAAGUUCGAAGAAAACUGAUGAAACAUUUCUCAAUGAUGAAAUUGGUGAACAUGAUGAUAAAGCAGAGACAGAAUUAUCAACAGGUCGUGAACGAUCAUUAAAUCGUAUUCAAUUAAUAGGUCGAGUCGGUGCUGAUCCAAAAGUUGGUGGAACACAACGUAAUAAAGUUGUAACAUUUAAUUUAGCAACAAAUGAAUAUGCUGGAACAAGUACUGAAAAUGGUGAAGUUAAACAACGUGUUGAUUGGCAUCGUAUUGCUGUAUUUCAACCACGUUUAUUAGAUAAUGCUGAGAAAUAUGUUCGUCAAGGUGAUAGAAUCUAUGUUCAAGGUCGUCUUCAUCACAAUAUGAUUCGUGAUAAGAAAACUGGUCAAGAUCGUUAUGUAGCAACACAAAAUAUACCUGUUGAUCGAAUUGAUAGUUUAUAUACAAUAAAUAUCGAAGAAAAUCGAUCAACAUUAAAAGAUGGUGUCUAUAUUCGUUUGCAUACAGAUAUUCAUUGUCAAUUACGUGCAUUUUGGUUUGUAAAUAUUCAACGUUUUUAUAAAGAAUUAGAUUCAAGAGAUUUUCGAUUAUCUCUCUAUGACAAUCGAUUUUUGAAAGAUAAUUGUGUACAUCAAGAAACAUUUAAUUUUGAAACGUCUGGUGAUUAUGUUCAACGUAUAGAAUUUUCUGAUGCAGAAAAUUAUUUAAUAAAUAAUAAUGAAACACGUCGAGAAUAUCCACUUGUUCUUAUAGUUCAUAGUUUAAUUACUGAAAAUUCUGAAGAAUUUUUCCAAUUACCAAUUCAAGUAGCUACUCUACAUGUAAAAUCAUCAAUACCUACAGACCCUUCGACCAAAUUUAUUCUACGAAUAUCUAAAUUAGCUGAUGGACGAUCAUUAGUCUUACAAGAUAUAUUUACACCAGGUGCAUUUCAUUCUGAUAAUACAUGUGCUGUUUGUUUAACUGAACCUGUAACUCAUGUUUUAUUACCUUGUAAACAUGCAUGUGUAUGUCGAAAUUGUUUUAGUCUCAUUGAUAAAUGUCCUGUAUGUCAAAGAUUUGUAACAUCAUUCGAUGAAUUUAAUAUUGAGUGUUUAGAUUUACGCGAAUUAAGUAUGGGAAAAUCAGAUCAAACAGGAAAUGAUCAAGAACUGUGGAAACGUGGCGUUAGUCAUUUCUACAGUAAUUGGUAG